GUGUUUUUGAGGGAGGUGGAGGAGGAGGGCGGAACUGGUUAAAGGUACGUUGAGGAAGACCUGCUUUCCUUUACGCCCACUUUACCACAGACCGACGAGUAGUUGACAUUUUUGGCAUCAGGGAUCACUUGAAUGGUGUAUUUGUGCAUUCAAAAACACUCGUUCUUAAACACAUAGACAGAUUCAGACGCAUAAAAGUCGAGCCCCGAGGCUGAGUUUUUGACGCGCUCCAGUAUGUCCGAAACGAAGAAACAGUCGCGCACAGACGCGUCCGGUUCGAACCCCUGGGAUAGUCUGGGCAGCCCGACGCUCCUGUGGUCUCCCACCUCCGGGCUUCCUCUGCAGGACGGGCUUUACACGGAUGCGAGGUUCCCGGUGCAGAACUUGCCGAUUCAGACCGACGUGGUUUGGAAACGACCAAAGGAGAUCUGUCCGUUUCCUCAGUUUAUUGCGGAUGGAGCCACACGUAUGGACAUCUGCCAGGGAGAACUGAGUGACUGCUGGUUCUUGUCUGCGGUGGCGUCUCUCUCUCUCAACCCUUGUCUUCUGCAUCAUGUCGUUCCCUCAGGCCAGGGGUUUCAGCAGGGCUACAACGGCUGCUUCAAUUUUCGGUUUUGGCAGUAUGGUGAGUGGAUUGAGGUGCGAGUCGAUGACCGCUUGCCGACGCGUAACGGUCAGCUGAUCUAUCUGCGCUCCUCAAACAAAGACGAAUUCUGGAGCGCUCUAAUGGAGAAAGCUUAUGCCAAGCUGAAGGGUGGUUAUAACGCUCUGAACAUGGGUUUCCCUCAUGAGGCGAUGGCAGACAUGACAGGUGGGGUUACAGAAGAAUUCAUGAUGCCGUCUGACCAUCGAACACUGGGCUCUUUCCUCCGCCCGCUGCUGCAGAAAGGAGCUCUGAUCAACUGUGCUAACUCAAGGGGUUCCGUUGAGAAGAGCAAUGAGUUUGGGAUUAUGUUCAGACAUGCCUAUUCUGUGACAGGUUUGGAGACGAUCAAGACUACGGUCGGUUCAGUUGAGCUGGUGCGGAUCAGGAACCCGUGGGGUAAAGCUGAGUGGGAGGGGCCUUGGAGUGACAAAAAAGGAAUCGAGUGGAAUAUGGUGAGCGCUGAAGAGCAGCGGCGUGUGCAGAGAAUCCAGCAAGAAGACGGGGAAUUCUGGAUGUCUUUGGUCGAUUUCUGCCAGAACUUUGAGACGAUGGAGGUUUGUCACCAGAGCGAAGACACGCUGAGUGAGAGCGGAAACAUAAAGCCCUGGAAAUGUACAUCGCAUCAUGGACGAUGGAUUUCUCAGCAAGGGCCUCCUCAGUACAGUCUGACCCUGCUGGAAGAGGACGACGACCCCAGUGACCCUGAACUAACGUGCUCAUUCCUGCUGGCGCUCAUGCAGAAAUGCGCUCGUCAGAGAGGAAUGCUGUUCCCCGUGGCGCUGCACAUAUACAAGGCCCGAUCCGAGCCUGAUUUCCUCUCCUCUCGGGACGUGUCUCAGUUGAGCCUGGUGCUCAGCACCACUAAAGACCUUGGUUAUGUCCCGCGGCGAGAGCUGGUGUAUCGCGGUCGCCUGGCGCCCGGUCAUUACAUCAUCAUUCCCAGCACUUCAGAGGCCAAUCAGGUGGGAGAAUUCCUCCUGAGAGUCCUGACCGAGAAAGGAAACAAAACCAUAGGUGUUGAGGCACGAGGAGUAGACUCGAGCUCAGUUACUCCGCCAAUGUCUCCACGUCUCGCAGGUCUGCCGUCUGCGAAUGAAGCGAGGGAUCUCUUUGUGAAACACUGUGUGAAGGGGCCUUAUUGUAGUCCAUUGGAUCUCUAUAACCUGCUGACCGAAACCAUUGCAAAAGGAGUCUUUGCAGGUAGCGAGAAGAAGCUGAGUUUGGAGCACUGCAAGAGCUUUGUGGUGCUCAUGGAUGUAUCCUGCAUACCUAGUGCACUUCUAACAAACACACUGGUUAGUGUGCAUGGACACAGAAUAGAACAAGAUAAACCGCUAAAUGUUGUUCAAAGAUUGAAUAUAAAUGAGUAAAUCUUUAAAGGGGUCAUAUGACGUUGCUAAAAAGAACA